AGCUUGUCGGUGAUUAAAGCCAAAUAAAAAGUGCAAGUUUGGUGAAGACGCAAAGCAGGAAAAAGAGGAAGAGAAAAGUGAAAGUGGAUCACAUGACCAGAUGAUUUCCUGCUGCCUGGCCGCCUCACAGCACCUCCUCCUCGGACUCACUGACUCGCUCUCACCGCAGACCUGCGCUGUCCCUUCCAAGCCGACCACCGCGGACUAAACUACUCCGCUGGCCGCCUCCCAGUCGUCCACCUCCUGGCCGACCACCGCGGACUAAACUACUCAAAAGUCGCCCGUUGUCCUGCCUUGUCCCCCGCUACUCACCAUGGCCACAGCGGCUGGCAGCGGCCCCAUCCCUGGCACGGGGACCGAGCUGGUCCGCGGACAGGCGUUCGACGUCGGGCCUCGCUACAGCAACCUGUCCUACAUCGGGGAGGGAGCCUACGGGAUGGUGUGCUCGGCCUACGAGCGCGACAAGAAGAUCCGCGUGGCCAUCAAGAAGAUCAGCCCCUUCGAGCACCAGACCUACUGCCAGCGCACGCUGCGGGAGAUCAAGAUCCUGCUGCGCUUCAAACACGAGAACAUCAUCGGCAUCAACGACAUCAUCCGCACGCCGACCAUGGAGCAGAUGAAGGACGUCUACAUAGUCCAGGACCUGAUGGAGACAGACCUCUACAAGCUCCUGAAGACCCAGCACUUGAGCAAUGAUCACAUCUGCUACUUCCUCUACCAGAUCCUUCGAGGCCUCAAGUACAUCCACUCCGCCAACGUCCUGCACCGGGACCUGAAGCCCUCCAACCUCCUGCUCAACACCACAUGUGAUCUCAAGGUCUUGCUAGUCGCUCGUUGCCGUGCUGCCACUUUCAGCUUCUCAUCUGCCUUUUCUUUUCCUCAGAUCUGUGACUUCGGUUUGGCUCGCGUGGCCGACCCGGACCACGACCACACCGGAUUCCUAACGGAGUACGUGGCUACCCGCUGGUACCGAGCACCCGAAAUCAUGCUCAACUCCAAGGGCUACACCAAGUCCAUAGACAUCUGGUCGGUGGGCUGCAUCCUGGCAGAGAUGUUGUCCAACAGGCCCAUCUUUCCCGGGAAGCAUUACUUGGACCAGCUCAACCACAUUCUGGGGAUUCUGGGUUCUCCUUCUCAGGAGGAUCUCAACUGCAUCAUCAACAUCAAGGCCAGGAACUACCUGCUGUCACUUCCUGUUCGCUGCAAAGUGCCCUGGAACCGCCUCUUCCCCAACGCCGACACCAAAGCUUUGGACCUGCUGGACAAGAUGUUGACCUUUAACCCGCACAAGAGGAUCGAGGUGGAGGAGGCCCUGGCGCACCCUUACCUGGAGCAGUACUACGACCCCACUGACGAGCCCGUCGCUGAGGCGCCCUUCAAGUUCGACAUGGAGCUGGACGACCUGCCCAAAGAGACCCUGAAGGAGCUCAUCUUUGAAGAGACGGCACGCUUCCAGCCACGCUUCCCGUCCUAAUGUCUGGCAUAGGUGUGAGGAUCUUGUGUGGCUGCCAUGUUGUUGUCUUUGUGUGGACCUCAGUGCUCAACUUCCUGCCAGCAGAAGAAGAACAGGAAGUGGUGUUUGAAAGAUUGUUGCAACUUUUGUGAAGAAUUGGACUCUUAUUGUGGAAGACUCUUUUCAAACAUGCAAAAUAAGUGGAGGACAAAUCUUCUAAUCAAGUGUACUUUGUCAAUAAAAAUGUUUUUCCCCAAAA